AUGGCUGUUCAUUCAUAUGGGUUCAAAUGCGCAGGUUGUUCUUUUCUUCUUGCAUGUCUUUUGUGGUUCCCAUAUGCUUCGGCUCAAACAAGCUCGGUCUAUCAAUUAGACUCAGAAUAUUCGGGAACAAACUUCUUCGAUGGCUGGGACUUUUAUACGGGAGGCGAUCCCACUGGAGGUUUCGUUACGUACUACAGCCGCUCGUCUGCGCAACAGGCUGGCAUGAUCAAUUCUAGCGCCUCUCAACCUAGCUACAUCGGCUCGGACUAUACGACUCUCAUCGGUUCUACCUCAGCAGCAGGCAGACCCAGCGUGAGAAUCUCAACUAAAAGAUCAUGGACCCAUGGAUUGUUUAUUGGAGAUUUCAAUCAUUCCCCGGCUGGGAUCUGUGGAACGUGGCCAGCGUUUUGGACCCUCGGACCGAAUUGGCCAUACAAUGGAGAAAUUGAUAUCAUGGAAGGCGCAAACAUGAAUAUGUACAACGGGAUGACAUUACAUGCCGCGCCGAACUGCACAAUCGCGGGAGAUAGCAGAUCCAUGUCGGGACAACUACAAACUAACAACUGCGCAUACUAUCCUGGCUACAACGUUGGCUGUAGCAUAAGUGAUCGACGGGGCCCCAGCUACGGUGCAAGCUUCAAUGCGCAGGGCGGUGGUGUUUAUGCCAUGCAAUGGACAUCCGACUACAUUCGUGUCUGGUUCUUUGCUCGAGGCACCAUUCCUUCAGACAUCACCAACCAAGCGCCCAACCCUUCCUCGUGGGGUCUGCCAGCUGCCGAAUUCCAGGGUUCUUGUGUGAUCGAUCAAAAAUUCCAGGCGCACAAGAUUAUCAUGAACAAUGCAUUUUGCGGCGAAUAUGCUGGAGCAGCAAGUGUGUGGAAUUCCUCUACGAAUUCUUGCGCUGCGUCAACCAAUUAUUCGACUUGCAAUGGUUAUGUGGCUGGACAACCCGCUGCCUUUCAGAAUGCAUACUGGAGCAUCAAGUCAGUCCGAGUCUAUCAACUUGCAGAUUCAAGUUCGAAUGCUACCUCGUCUCCAUACAUUGCCAGCUUACAGCCCACGUCAACGAUUAGUAGUACAAGUUCGGCACCAACACCGACGCCCACGACAUCACUUUGCCCCGGAUAUAACUUUACCGUCGUCCAAUCCGGCGCAUUCAAGUACGAAAUCGAAUGCGGUGUCAACCCUGGGGGGUCUGACCUUGGUGCCCCGUACUCAGGAUACCCAGUCAAUUCCUUUGAGGACUGUGUUGGCGGAUGCAGCUACUGGAACGCCAACGUUACUGCUAAUAUAUGCGGCGCCGUGGCAUACCAGAUCAGCAAUAAAGCUUGCUAUUGGAAACGAUCUGCUGGAAGUACCCCUCUCAACCCGGCGUUUAAUGGUGCUCGACUUAUUUACUACGCCUAUCCGCAGGUUACUGAUGAUCCAAGGAGUCAGACUACUACGACGAGCAGUAGUGGAACCUAUGUGCAGACGGUUGCGACGGCGAACACAUACGUCAAUCCUUCGGUCGCAUCGACUACCAGCUACUCGUUGGUAAGUGAGACUCCAGCAUCGUCGUUGACCGAUGGUGUGGGUAUGGGCGGUGAUGGGACGACGACUUCGAGUUCCUUGCCCUCGUCUUCAACAUCGAUUUCGAGUUCUAUGUCGAGCACGCCGAGCACAGGGUCGUCGACUACAUCGAAUACUCCGACAACAUCGCUCAGUCUGACUACGACCUCUUUCGCGACCACGACAUCGUCAUCAGCAAGCAGAAGCACAGCCAGUCAAUCUUCACCAACGAGUUCGAGUACGAGCACGACCAGCAGAAGUUCAUCAACGCAGUCUACGCCCACGCCAGGUCAAUCAUCGAUUGUGUCCACGCCAAAUCUCGGGUCGCAAGCGACUACGACGGUCCAACCGAGUAAUCCCACGUCCCUGUCCAUAACAUCAAGCCCUGCCACUUCCAUGAUGGCUAGUUCAACAACCACAUCUGCGGUCUUCCCCUCCUCGUCAACGUCAGGACUGCCUCAUUCCUCCACGACACCUGGUCAGACCACAUUGACAUCGUCACAAACGACAGCCCACUCCAGCACGAGCAGUGCAGCUUCCACUCAGCCUCCAACCUCGACCCAGCAUUCGUCCGCUCCAUCAACAACGCUUUCCGCUCCAAUUCUAGCCUCAAGCGGGACCUCUUCAUCACUGGCGACGCAAACUUCAAGUUCGCGUCCGCUACAGUCCUCGAGUAUCCGUACCACGUCGGCGAUUGGUCCGAUAUUCGGUUCAAGCAGCGUUACUGCAUCGUCCACCCUUGGUACUCCCUCGACGUCGCUGUCUUUGGUCGCCCGUUCAACGACCACUCGAUUAAUAUCCCCAUCAACAACGACCACUUCUUUAGCAACGGACGCCAGCGGCAGCACCACUAUAACGACUCGAUCUCCUCAGCAACCUACAACAGCUUCCGUCUCGACGUCUCAGAUCAUCUCGACACGUCCACCUUCUUCGCCCACAACGUCUGUUUUCGAGUCUCCCACGACAAGCCCGGCCCUUCCAGGUCCGACGCAUGUCGCUUCUUUCGAGUACGCAGGUUGUCUCGGCCCCAUCCCCGACUCUCCUUUCGCAGACUCGUUUAUCCUCGUCGAAACCUCGGUGAGCAUGUCCAUUGAGGAGUGUAUCUCGGAUUGUUCCGGGCAGAAUUACGCAGGUCUUUUCGAUGCAGAAUGCUUCUGCUCCUCUUUCAAUGGCACGCCAUCUGAUUCGGAUUGUGUCACGUAUCCCGACUCGGCAUGCAACGUUCCUUGUCCAGGAGACGCCGCCCAAAAAUGUGGUGGUAUCGCCGAACUACCUUCGCGCUUUGCAAAACGACAAUUCUCUGGUGGUGACAAUGUCGUGGUAUUGAUCACGACGUAUAAUAACACGUUGGCUAAUGUCGAUCCGGGCGGCUUGAGUACAGCGUCGACUUCUUCCACAACACUGGCGCCGUCUUUGUCGAGUUCAACUUCGACUUCGCCGCCGCUGCCGCCGCCGUCUACGACGUCCACUGCAGCAAUGGAAUCGACGAGUUCAACAACAGCAUCCGCUCCAACGCAAAUCGACAGCCCGAUAUUAGCAUCCACAACGCCAACCGCAAGUUCGCAUAUUAUUUCGAGUUCGACCUUGCCUUUGACGAGCUCAUCAAACGCAGGAUUGACACUCUCGCCGACGACGAUCUCAACAACAUACACCACCGUCUGUGCGUCUCAUCUGUAUACUUGCCCCACACCCACAGCAACGCAUCUCACAACCACGGUCGUUGCAUUGCACUGCGGAUGUCAGGAUAUGCUGGGGCCAAGCGUGCCCAUGACUAUAACCACGACCGUCGUGCUUGUGCCGUGUCCCUCCUCCGAGGAGUAUCCUUAUCCGCCUCACCUUAAUGUGGCCGGAGGUGAAGGUGACGCCGGGGAGGUGCCGCCAGUGAGCAUGACACUGACAACGACGACUCUCACCGUCCCUUGUACAGAGUCGAUAUCCUCGAUGGCGAGUGACGUGCAGAGAUGGUAUGCUUCCGCUUCCGCUUCUGCUGCUGCUGCUGCUGCUGCUGCCACUGCUACUCCCAUCCCCAAUGCCAACGCAGACAGCCAAACCCCAACCAAUGGCGAUAAUACCGGGUCCGAUUCGAAUCCCAAUCCUGUGGCGGGUCCGGGCCCGGUCCCGGGUCCAGGAGAGUCAGCAGGCCAAGGACCAAGACCAGGACAAAGACAAGGACAAAACCAAGAACAACCACACCCCUACCAACCAUACUCAUUCCCCAUCUCCUUCCCCAUGACGACUGCAGCCCCACCAGCGACACCGGCACCGGCAUCACUGCCAUCGCCAUCGCCAUCGCCAACGCCAUCGACGACGGUGACAUUGACACUCACCAUCGCGCCCGUCGCUUUCAACACUACUAGUACUAGCACAAACUCAUCCACCGGAGCACUGGUCGACGCGCAAGGUAAUGCCAAUGCUAGCAUGCAUGUCGGUGUCGUGCCGACGACAAGGAUCUCGAGCGGUAACGGUAACGGUAACGGUAAUGGAGAACCUGCGCGUUCGGGCGGUACACGACUUCUUCUUCCACCCAUGGCCGUAUCCAGAUUGACGGGUCUUUCGGCCUUAGGAUCAGGCUUGGUUGUGGCGUCGUUGACGACUUUUGGAUUCUUGUUGUCGUUCCUCAUGGGCUAA